AGGUUCGUAUGCCCCAUUCAUUACUAUGCGACCGCAAAGGCCGUUGACUGUGGCCAUCCGCCAUAUUAAUAAUAACCGCCAUUUUGUUAUGUUGCCUAUACGCAGCGAAUGACAGCUUGUAAUUGUCUGAAAGUUGGCAAGCAUGGUGAAUCGCAGCCAACUUCACCCAACAACAGUUGUUUAUGCGAGUUGAGAACGUUAUAUUGUUUUGAAUGUUUGGUGUUCUAAUUUCAAAUAUAAAAUAGGUUUUAUCAAUGGAAUCGAUUAAUUUAAGAUGUGUUAUCGAUUCAUAUUGAUUAUUGUGUUGUAUUUGUGUUAUAUUUUGUAAUUGUGUUCGGACAAAGUGGUAAAAUAAAGCAACAGUGAAAGUGUGGUUAUGUUGACAGUUGGAUUGUUAGAUCUAAGGACACCUCAAAUCGUUUAUGUGACAGCCGCCUCCGCGGAAGGUAAGACCGGGUUCUGGGGGUCCGGGGUCGUGUGGAGCCCUACCAGAAGUUCGAUUGUCGUUGCCAGCAUUCAUCGGGCCGACGCCACUACGAGUGAACGUCGGAAAGAAAACGACUCACGUAACUAUCGUUCCACUGAAUAGCGUGCGCGUAGUCGAUCGUGACGUGCGAUGCCCAGGGCCCCGCGCGCCCCUCUUCCCCUCGUAGGGCUAUGGAGACCCUCCUCGAUAAGUUCAAGAGGGAGCAAGGAGGCCUACGACGUUCCCGAUCCGUCCGCGCUUCCCUACGACUGAUAGGCAACCGCUGGCGAGCGAAAGACGACGAAGCUACCGAACACGUAGACGGAAUCAAAGACGACGUCGUGCUGACGCAAAUCUUCAACGGAGAGAAGGAUUACAGCGUCGCGUACUCGGGCAUCGACGGCACCUACAAACCGAAGACACCCAACAUGGCAAAGCGGAAGCAGGAACUCUCGAAGCCGAGGAAGAAGAGCGGCGACAUCGACCUCACAUUGAAACCCCAACGACACAGGCGGGUGGAGAAGACUAAGUUCAGUGAUUUGUUUAACAAGAAGACAAAAAGUGCAUCCGCAAAAGAACUGCUAGUUCCAGAUAAGAUACCACCUAAAGCAGCGGCGAUAUUACACAUACACUCUCCCGUAAAGGAGACGAAGGAUAAGACAAAGAAAAGGUUGAAGGGUAUGGGUAAAUCGGAGAGUGCGAAUGUGAUAACGGGGCCCACCACACAGAGACGGACGCGAAGAGGCUCGGAAAGUGACAUGUGGGGAAGUCAGCCACGCGGUUGCGUGAAUCAAGCAUUUGUGUACAGUACCCCGCCGAAGGACAGGAAGCUUCCCAUAUCGCCGUCGUCCUACUUGAAGCUCCAGUACGGCGCGCUGCUGGACGGGUGCGGCGGGGAGCUGCCUUCGCUCAGCGCGUGCGCCCCCCUCCCGCCGCACCUCGACAAGGCGACGCGCAGGCAACAGAAAGAUGCGCGGGCGCAGCAAGACAAAAUCGCACAAGUUAACAUUCAUUUGCAGGCACUCUUCGCGGCAGUUGAACAUGGCUACAUUGACAAGGCAAGAAACAUCUUGGACUCGACCGAUGUCGACGUCAACAGCCUCAACCCAGACGGAUUAUCACCAUUGGACGUUGCGGUGCUGGCUUCCAAUCGGCAACUCGCCAGAAUGCUUAUGGAGUUUGGAGCGAAGGAAGGGACACAGUUCAAAACACCGGAAGCUCUAGGCUCACAUCUAAGAAGGCUGUCGCGGGAAGCAGAGUCACGGUUGCAUGAAGUUACUGGGUACAUACCUGAAAGAGCUUGUCGGGAAGAUGUUUGCAGGUCAGCUGCUGGUGGCCAGGCGGGCACUAUGGGAUGUGCUGGAGGUACGGGCUCCGAGAAAGACAAACAGACACAACAUUGGGAAAGAAGAGCCCGAACACUAAAACGCCUAGUCCAAGGUUGGCAGCAAGCCCGAGUGCCAACCAUAUUAUCAUCACCAGACCUUGAAGUAUGUGGUGCGCACUCCGUAACCGUACGCCUGAAGGAUCCACGCACCACACAACCAGCUCUACGAGACCCACCUAUCGUUACUAAGUAUAAAGUGGAGUGGUCAUCACGCGCAGACUUUUCAAACGUGUGUGGCUGCAGGGAAGUCACUGCUUCAGGAUCUAAUUGUACCCGUGUCCUGGUGGCGGGGCUGACGCGGGGAAGGAGGUAUUUCUUCAGAGCUUCUGCUGGCAAUGUGAAGGGCUGGGGACCUUUUACCGUUUCUGUACCUAGGAGUGUUGUGCCGAGCAGUUGGCAUGACGUAACCUCAAGAACCACGCGUGGUGAGCCCGGAGGGGCAGUGGCAGCGUUAGAGGCGUUAGCCAACGCCGCGGCCAGCGCGAGGCAACGACCGCCCGCGCAGCCUCCGCGACUGCCGAGGAAGAAGACUGCCACCAUCAGACAACUGUUCACAGCCGCUAGCAAGUUCCAGAAGAAUCUGAGGAGGGGCGUGUAUCUAGCGUGUAUCAUCUACCACGAGGACAAAGUGCUGGUCACCAGCGAGGAGUUCCUGCCGGUCAUCGAGGUGGACGAGACGUACCCCGCCUGUAUCUACACUGACUUCCACUGGCUCAUGAAGGUAUCAUGUUCAUGGGACGAAGUCAAAGGGCUUAGGUCGGAUAUGGAGAAGCAUACACCUUCAUCCAUACAUUUUAGGCUGAAGCUUUUAACUGCGGCGGCGCAGAUGCAAUCCGCACUCUGUAUACAGGAUUUAGGCCAACUAUACCACAAACCCCUUCGAGACGCACACGGCACAGUAGUGCUGUCCUGUGUGAACAUGAUCAAGUCGCCCAAAUCAGUGUCGGCGCUGAACUCGCGCUGGGUGCCGGUGUCCAAGCUCCGGCGGAGAGUGCUGAGUGAGGACAACACUAUGGGGGAACUGCUCAUGGCGUCUGUGCAUGAACAGAUUGCUUACCAUCAGGUUUCCCGACACCAAUUACCACGAGGGCUAUAUCUAGGUUACCUAAAACUGCAGUCGUCGGUAGAGGUUGUGAGAAUAGUAGCGCCCGCGCGGACGCCCAACGUCCCUCCACACACUCGCAUUAGAGACAAUCCACAUGUUUCAGCAGAAGAAUGGGAGUACCUAAAAUCUCAAUCUGGUAAAACAGAAGAAGCACAAUCGAUUAACAAUCUCGUACCAAUUGGCAUGAACGAGAAACCUUCAGAAUCUCAAGAGAUAUUCCUCGAACAGAUCGCCUCAGCUUCACGAAGACUCUUCAGAGACAUGGAGAUCCCUGAUGAAAGUGUGGUCACCCACCGAAUAUACGAUCUCGAAGUUAUAGAGUUGAACAAUGACGUCAGUUUCAUCAUGGUCUGUCCACCUGCAGAACAAGCCUGUUCCGUGCCGGGACAAAAAGAAAUCCUGCUCCAAAAAGGCGAUCUCCUCAGCCUCCCCAUUCAAGCUUUCGAAAUGAUCCACCUCCAAACGUACCAUACCAACAUUUUGAAUAAAUACUCCAAGUUAAGUUGUGUGUUAGAAUUAGACGUCGCUCUAGCAGCCCAUUCUCAAAGGGAAGCAUUCUCGUGCACGGAAUUACAAACUGCCAAAGAGAGGCUCACAAAACUAGAAGAUCUUCAAAACAAUUUGAACUUGGUGUGGAAAGCGGAACGCUGGUUGAUGGAUUUGAUAGUCUUCGCGAGAGACAAAGAUAAGUCCGGCCCGAGUUCAGGGAUAUUGCUCAAAUAUGUAUUAGACAAAACGCCGUCCAAAUGCGUCGAUCGAACUGAUAGCGAAAACUGUGAGAAAGACGCCAAUUUGAAAAUAGAUUUACUCCAAAUUCCCCCACGUGAAGGAAAAAUCACAAAAACAUCUCCGGGCAGAGGAUCCUGGCCCGGACCAGCCGGUAAUGGAAACCAUACGAAUUUGCAUCCAGAAUUCAGCAAAUCCGAGCAACAACUCAGUUUGGCUCCGCGUCAGACAUCAGUAUCGACGUUAAAUUUAAGCGCAUAUCAAUAUCUACCAUCCGAUCCAAAGUUUGCCAGAAAAGGCAGCGCCGAUUCCCAAUAUACCCAAUCGAGUGUAAUGAGCAAUAACUUUAUGAGUAGCAACUCACAGUUUGACAUCAAAUCUACUGGAUCUCACAUUAGCAUUAACAGCAGUUGCAGUCGCCUUCCACCAUCGCGAAGUGAGGACACAUUAGUGAUCCAAAACGAAAAUAUUGAACCCAAACCUCGUCCCCACAGUAUUAACACUAGCGUGUCUACCUCAUCGAGCCCACUUUUAACUGUCAAGGGAUUUUAUCCCGGGAGUAUGAUAAGCGUGAAAACUAUCAAGGGACACGUAUCGGAGUCCGUUCAGAGUCUGUCCAGUGAUUCAGAAAGCCAGAGCUGUCCAUUAACGACGGCAGUUCCUUUGAAAAUCCGUCCGCAACCGAAUCACAGAGGACAGUGCUCCGUCAUAGCCUCCAAGAGUAUGACGAACGUGAAAUCCUCAGAAGUAGACUUCACAGAUACUGGUCAAGAUUUGUUCAAUAUAGGCCAAAGUGCUAAACGUCAACCGUUGUUAGAAACGCAAGAAGACAUGGAGUUUAAUAAUAAGGUUCCAAAGACUGAUGAAAGACAUAGUGACAGCGAGGAACGUGGUGUCAAACUUCCUUCGGAGAAACGACAGACGGAACAAGCGGGUAUUUUACAGGUAUUUGCAGCGUACGAGACAGGACUAGCUGCGGGUACAUCACUAAAACUACACGUCACUCCCCGCACCUCAGCCCGCGAGGUCAUCGACUUAGUUGUCAAACAGCUCAACAUGGCUGCCGUCCUAAAAGGAAAAGCUGGACCAGUUUACGGUCCAGAGAAACUUCAAGAUUUCUGCUUAGUAGCAGUUAUAGGAGCUAGAGAAAGAUGCUUAAGAGAUGACUUUAGACCACUCCAGUUACAAAAUCCGUGGAGAAAGGGCCGUUUGUAUGUCAGGCUUAAGCAUGAUGUGCUGGCGGCUCUUCAGCAUUCUGCCAAACAACCAGCGUAUAUUUAAAAUUAGAACAUUAUAUUUUUAAGCCAGAGAUUAAAUAAUAGAUCUAUAUAGAUAAUAAUAAAUACAAUGAAAUUUUAUUUUUAUUUUCGUAUUGAGGUUCAUUAUCUCAGAGUAUAGUUUUUGGAAGUCCUAGAUGCUGACGAAUAAUUUUAUUAUUUUUUGGUGCCAAUUUAUUCUUAUUUUUGAUGCUUUAAGUAAUUAAGUAUUAUUCAAUAUUAUCUAAGUGAAAGUUGUGAGUAAAUAUAGGAAAUUACAGAAUGUUUGGUGCUUCUCAUUGUAAAAAGUGUAUGGAAUUACGUUCAAUGCGUAUUAUUAUAUUAUAUUUUUAGCACAGUUAUUAGUUUAUAUAAAACUAUUAGGUACCUAUGUAUAGAAGUUUAUCUAAAUAGAUUUUCCUCUCUCUAUCUUUGAAUCAACUAAAUUACUUUUAUUUACCUACUAUACCUACUUAAUACCUACCUGUAGUCUCUAGAAAUCUAAAGUACCGUUUACCUAGGUAGAUGGACCGUGUGUGUGCAUAUAAUUGUACUGUACGCACUAUUAUCUAAAUCUAAAAUCUUCUUAAAUGACCAUAAACAAUUUUUAAAACAUCAUAAUAGUAUAAUUAUUUUCUCUUCAUUACCCUCACAAAAAAGAUAUGCCCUUUUCUGGGCAAAAUGUGUUGCGAGCUUCAUUACUUUCAAUGAUAAUGAAUUUAACAUGAAAUCUGCAUUCUAUUAAAAAUGGAUAUUUAGGUAGGUAAGCAUAUUUUAUUUGGUAAAGCAAUCUUUUUCGCAAAACAUGUGCCUGAAUUAUUUCAAAGAAUAAAAUAUCAUCAUAUCUGUGAGGAAUACAGGGUUAACAACGAAAUGCAAGAUAUUUUAGGCCAAAACAUAGAUAAAAUUCAUAAAUUAUUAUUGCACUACGCAUGGUAGGUAUAUCAUUCUCUAAUACUCAGAAAAAUGGUCUUAAAUAACAAACAGUAAUCAGUAAUUCUGUGGCAAUCAGAAUUAUUUGUAUAAGUAUGUAAAAAAAUAUUUUCACUAAAAGUGUCAAGUAACUAAAUGUUUUGAAAAUACUGGCGUACCGCUUGACUGGAAUGGCUCGUGGGGAGGGCGCGGGUGACGUCACGUUGAAUUCUUCAGUUUUUAACCGACUUCAAAAAAAGGAGGAGGUUCUCAAUUCGUCGUAAUCUUUUUUUUAAUUUUUACAUCAACUGUCACUCUCCUACACCCUACUUCUCUUCUCAAGCCGUCUCAGUGAAACGAUAUACCUAUACCUACGUGUUUGUAGAUAUAAUAUUUCAUGUGAUUUUAUGAAUAAUUAUGCUGAAAGAGGAUUAAAAUACGUAUUUUGUAUAAUAUUAUACUUUCGGAAAUAUAUCUUUUGUUUUCGAAAUGAUGUAAUAAUAAAAUUGAUACCCACUUUAUUAGUUAUAAAAUUAGAUAUUUUGAUAUGUAAAAAGCCAUACACAGAAUACCAUUAAUUAGGAGUACUUAUUACCUAUAUUUAUAAUUUUAAAUACUUUAAUGAGGAAUGUCAAUCCAUACUAUAUUAUUAUACCUGUGUGAAUUAUGAUUUUAUUUUUAUAAAAUAUAUUUUUGAACAUAACAGUGUAAAUAAAGUAAUAUUGUAUUCUGUAUAAUUUAUGUUUCAAGUAAGUAGAUAUCUACUCGGCAAGUAUUUAUAGAAAUAUCAAAUUACAUAAAUAUCUACCUACCUACAAUUUAACAAACUUAAAUCAGAUUUGAAUGACUUUUUAAAAUAAUUACUGUAAAAAGAAGAGAAGUAAAAUUAUUGCUGUAGUUUUGCUGUAUAGAAACAAAUAUAGACAAAAUAUAGUUGUUAUAAUAUUAUUUAGUUAGUACAUUAAAAAACAUUAUUGUGAAAAAUUAAUCAACGAUUCGAGCCAUAUUUACUUACGGAUUGCAAUUAUUAUUAUUACAAUAAAGCCUAACUGAAUGUCUUAUGAUGAUUAGUAUAUAUUAUUAUAAUUAUUGAUGAAAUGUGUUUUAUUUGUAGAUUAUUUUAAUACUGUUUAGGUAAUCAGUAAUUCACCCUUAUUCGUGGUGUUGUACAUUAGAAAUUAUAGAAGUGGGAGUAUAAAAUUAUGCACAAAAAUAAAUGUAUUUGAAAUCUG